CUUCUAUCACUAACACCAACGAUCAAACUUCGGCACAGAUUGACUGAGGAACAUUUCUCAAUCCCGCUGCGCGACUCUGUCCACGCUUCAGAUACUGGCUUCCCGACAGAAUUGUCUAACCUGAGAUUUCCGGAACCUAUAGGAGCUAAUUGGAGCGAGUACGGAUUUGGAACUCUUGCUUUCGCAAAUUUUUUCAAGGCGGCUCUAGUAGCUCAUAAGGAGGCUAUGGACUUUGCUCUUGGUCCAAACCAGGGACAGGGUGUUCCGGCCAAGUCGGAUGACGAGGGACUGCAGUGGGAUCUGGUGUUCCCCACACCAAUGUUGCCUUAUAUAAUAAAGUCUCUGCCACUGACAUUAAUCUUUCGACAUUGUACACUUCAAAUGACUUGA